AUGGUGCACGCCAUAGCCGUCCUGCAAACAAUCAACACGCCGAGUCUCUGCGAUCAUCCACCGGCCCAGAACGGUACCCUCAUGGAGGAAAUGGACGUGGCAAUGCUUACACCCGACGUCCAAACAGACGCCAUUCUCCCACUCGUUUUUCUCACUCACAUUCCGCUAGUAGCCCAGGCAAAUCCACAGUACCGUUCAAACGAUUAUCGACGUCGCAAUCGUCGGCAGAAUCAAACUCAAAGCCAUGAUCGGAACUCUGCUCUGUUCCAUCUUCAGUCUCAAAAUGCAUUGCAACACCAGUACCUCAACGUCACUUCCAACAGCCCGUCUCAAAACCUGCGAUCCUCAAAGCCGUCUUACCUUCCGCAUCAGAUCUGUCGCGAGGACCUGAUACCGAACCGAUUUGAGUGCGAAGACCAGAUGAGCUUUGUCCCUCCCACUGGCCCCAGGAUCUGGAGACAACCAAGUCGUCGGAUUCAAGAACCUUUACUUCCCUCACCCUCGCCUCGUCUCCAGUACUUUGGGCAGCCACAGCUGAUUGAAAACGAACAUGAUAUUGACAUGACUGACGCCACCGAGGAAACUACGGAUAUCGAGAUGACAGAUGCUCCUCCCAUUUGGUGUGACGGGGCUCAGACUUGGAUCAACGAGCCGACAAAGAUCGUCGCUGAGGGUCUCGCGUCUGUGAAUGCAGUGCUCACCAGACUUGAGUGGUAUGUCCGUACGGGCAACAUGCCUGUCGGCAUUGUGCCCUCCACCCAGGCAAGCCUUUUUUGA